CAGCCAAUCAGCUGUUUCUACUUCUUUCUUCAAGUUAUUAUACUAUCAAACUAGUGCCCCUUUGUGUUAAAUUUUGUUCUCGUCUAAGACUGAAGUUCUCCGUGAAAUAUUUUUAAAAUAGCCAUUUAUCAGGACUGUACAGCAGAUUAGCAUAAUUGUACAACCAUUUGGUUUCACGUUCGGCAAAAAUACGAUUGCGAUGUAUACCCAACCUCAUUUUCUCAGCCGCUGAACAAACGGAGCAACCAUGUAAGCUGUCGAAACUAUUCCAAUGUGUCAUUUAAACCGAACAUUUCUCGCGGACGGUGUAUCCACGUUUGGUUCUGCCGAGUGUUGGUGUCCCCGGUGAUCUUUUUCCAUCGAUUUUCCUCAAUGAAGUUUCUCGAUAAGACAAACCCGUACAACGUAAAUUCGUAGUACCGGUCCUAGGGAUCGAAACCUCCUUAGUCUCAGCCUCGCAAUGGCUGAGAAAUCUAGGAAAAUAUUGACAAGGUUUCAUCCCACUCAUGGGGAGAACAUUGUGCUCAUGGAAGACAGCACUGUAGCUUAUCGUACUACCAGCUUUGCCAAUUCCCUGGCUUUCAGCGAGAAACCCUUGCAACCGGGGGAGAUCUUUCUGGUAGAGAUUGAGAGGACCCAAGGAGGAUGGAGCGGGCACAUGAGACUUGGGCUCACCUUGAUUGAUCCUGGCUCUAUGAAUGGUAGCCUGCCAAUGUUCGCGCUACCUAAUCUGGUCAAGCUAGGCAACACGUGGGUGUUCGCUAUUACCAGUACUAAUGCUAUAUCGGGAUGCUUAGGAAUCAUGAGAUACAGUGAAGGAAUACCAUCUAGAGAAAAGAAAUUAGUUACCGAUGGUAUUAAUGUUCAGACAUCUCGAGGAGUUAUUCCAAUGAAUGCGCUUAGACCAAACACAAUUGAUUCUUUUCAAAAUAUCCUACCCAUGGAUGCUGGGAGUCGUAUUGGAAUUAUGUAUGUGCCGCAGGCUGGCUCUGACAAGGCAGAAAUGCACUUUAUAAUUAAUGGAGAAGACCAAGGAGUUUGCGUGAAGGAUAUACCUUACAAGGCAGGACCCUUGCGAGCAGUAGUAGAUGUGUACGGUACUACCAAACAAGUCAGGAUAGUUCAAUUGUAUGGUGCAGUAUCCACCCUACAGAGUGCCUGCCGUGAUGCUAUACUACAGUAUACCAAGGGAAAUGCAAUCGACUCGCUUCCUCUUCCGCGGGUUCUGAAAGAUUAUUUACUAUACCAAUCCCAGUGAAAGUCGGGUGUCAUUCCAUCUUGUCCCUCGGCGUUUAUCUUUCACUUUUAUUUAGAUAACGGUUUUAGUGCUCGUCAUUCUUUUGCAAUUUAAUGCUCUCACAAGUUGCAACGCGUUAUAA